UUCAGCAGUGCAGCUACAGAGAUUGGUCAGUGCAAGCGGUUCAAAAACUUGGAUAUAAAAUGAGCGGCUAAUUCGAAAUGUGAUUUGCAUUAUAAUAACAAGUUUAACAUUCCAGUUGGCGUACGUGGAUUGGUUCAACGCUCGAGUGAGCCCGUGCGAUUAGAUAUCGCACUACUGCAUUACUGAUACCCAUACUAUUAAAAGGAUACCGCGCCUGUUUACUUCAGACACAUCCGAUAGACAGGAAGGUAUUAACAGUGAUAAGGGCGCUAUCUUUGAUUCACAAAGUCGCCGGUCACUUAGCUUCUAGCUGUUGCCUCUUCAACUUCAGCGUAUAAUUUAUUCAACGAUCAUGGCGUUGCCACUGCCACCAGCAUUGGAAAAGUUGAAUAAAUAUAUCGAUGAGCACAAGCAGGAGUACAUAAAUAAUUUAAAAGAGGCAGUAGCCAUCAAGUCGGUAUCGGCAUGGCCGGAUUACCGGGACGAUGUAGUGAAGAUGAUGAAGUGGGCGGAAGCCAAACUGAAGAAUCUUGGUGCAACCACGGAACUGGCUGACGUAGGGAAACAGACCCUUCCUGACGGUAGUCAAAUCCCGCUACCUCCUGUAUUACUCGGCAGUCUUGGCUCUGAUCCCAAGAAGAAAACUGUACUCUUGUAUGGACACUUGGAUGUACAGCCUGCACUGAAGGAGGAUGGUUGGGAUACCGAGCCCUUCGUCCUCACGGAGAAGGACGGAAAGCUAUUUGGGCGUGGCAGCACCGAUGACAAAGGACCGGUCCUCUGUUGGAUACACGCGUUAGAAGCCUACAAAGCAACCGGGAUUGACGUCCCCGUUAAUCUCAAGUUUGUCUUCGAGGGAAUGGAAGAAAGUGGAAGCGAGGGCUUGGACGAGCUCCUUUGGGCGAGGAAGGACGGUUUCUUGAAGAAUGUGGACUAUGUCUGCAUAUCUGAUAAUUACUGGCUGGGCACGAAGAAACCGUGCAUCACUUAUGGCCUGCGAGGUAUCUGCUACUUCAUGGUGGAAGUCACCUGUGCUGCCAAGGAUCUGCACAGCGGUACCUUCGGUGGAUGCGUGCACGAGGGUAUGGCAGAUCUGAUUUACUUGAUGAACAGCCUGGUCGACGUCAACGGAAAGAUCUUGGUAGACGGUAUCUACGAUAGCGUAGCUAAAGUUACCAGUGCUGAGUUGGCUACUUACAAGGACAUAGAAUUCGACGUGGAUGAAUUUAGGGACACAGUUGGGACUAGCAAGCUACCGCAUCGCGAAGACAAGAUCGAGCUUCUGAUGCACCGUUGGAGGCAGCCCAGCCUGUCCCUUCACGGGAUAGAGGGUGCUUUCAGCGAGCCAGGAGCGAAGACGGUCAUUCCAAGGAAGGUAAUCGGCAAGUUCUCGAUCCGGCUGGUGCCGCACAUGACACCGGACGAAACAGCCAAGAAGGUGACCGCGUAUUUGAAAAAGAAGUGGCAGGCCCGUGGCAGCCCGAACGUCAUGAACGUGAGCAUGUGCCACGGCGGCAAACCGUGGUCCGAGAAUCCCGACCAUCCGAAUUACGUGGCUGGCCGUAGGGCGACGCGACACGUUUACAAGGUCGAGCCCGAUCUGUCGCGCGAGGGCGGAUCGAUUCCGGUUACCCUGACGUUCCAGGAGGUCACUGGGAAAAAUGUGUUACUUUUACCGGUCGGGCAGGGCGACGACGGCGCGCAUUCGCAGAACGAGAAGUUGAACGUGUACAAUUACAUCCAAGGAACUAAAUUACUUGGAGCUUAUCUGUACGAGGCAGCGCAGGUAUAAUACUUUAUUGGUAUCUACUUGCACCACCCAGGAAGCUUAAGUUCACGGCAUGGUUCUUAUUGUUACCGAAUUACUUCACGACAUACCAGUGAUAUUUGUUAAUUACGAGUGCGGAACACUGCAUUCUCUUUAUUUCUAUUUCUUUUAUUUUAUUACAGGAAAAUAAUAUAGACAAAUAUUUUUAUAACAAAUGUACAACAUGUGAUACACUCUUGAUGAAAUAUACCUAUAUCUAAAAUCU